GCUGGUCCUCCGCGUCCGUGGCGGUUGUAAAAUGUAGCCGGGUUGACGAAGCGCAUCCUCGGCGGGUUUUCCUCAGGAGACGAUCCCUCUCCAUCUAGCGCUUCUGUUCGGGUCGGCACUGUUAUGGUUUCAGAGAAUGGAAGUGGACGACGUGUCGGUUAGGGAGCAACUCUUCCACAACCGCGUCCGGGAGACUAUAAUCUGUGUCCUCCUGUUUUCGUGCCUCUACAUAGUGUCCUACCUCAUACUAACCCACUUCAAGAAGAGGGCCGAGUUUGUCUCUGAGGACAUUGAAGAUGCCACUGUCAACAAAAUUGCGCUGUGUUUAUGCACGUUCACCCUCUCUGUUGCGGUGUGCGCUGUACUUUUGCUCCCCAUCUCGAUCUUGUCCAAUGAGGUGCUGCUCACCUUCCCGCAGAAUUACUACAUGCAGUGGCUCAACGGAUCUCUUAUCCACGGCUUGUGGAACCUAGUGUUUCUCUUCUCCAAUUUAUCCUUGGUCUUCCUCAUGCCCUUUGCCUACUUCUUCACCGAGUCUGAGGGAUUUGCGGGGUCGAAAAAGGGAGUGAUGGCACGGGUCUAUGAGGCAGUUGUGCUACUGUUGCUGUUGGCUCUUCUGGUCCUGGGCAUUGUGUGGGUGGCAUCAGCCCUCCUCCACCACAAUAUGGCCAGGGAAAGCCUCUAUGACCUGUGGGAGUACUACUUGCCCUACCUGUACUCUGGUAUCUCUCUCCUUGGCGUGUUGCUACUGUUGUUGUGUACCCCCUUUGGGUUGUCCCGGAUGUUCAGUGUCACCGGCAGCCUAAUCGUCAAACCACGGCUGUUGGAAAAUGUAGAAGAGACAUUGAGCUGUGCCACCUUUGAGGAGGCUUCACUAUCUAGGAAACUGAGUCGUGGCAACACAUCAUACUGGGUCAAGCUGAACAUGGAGACGAUGAAAAGAGAGUAUCAAUUAGUCCAGACCAAGCGCAUUGCUUUGGAGAUGCGUAGGAAGGCGUCCCCAUGGCAACGUAACCUGGGCUACCCGCUUGCCAUGCUUCUGCUCCUAGCUCUGACGGUGAUGUGUGUACUGAUGGUGUGUUUCAAUGUACUGGAGCUGCUCUUUGAUGAGACGGCUCUGCCCAGAGGAAUGGAGGACCCUCGCCUGGGGACAGCUUCCUUCUCUAUGUUUGGCUCACUAGGUGCUGCUGUGCAAGUGGUCCUAAUCCUCUACCUGAUGGUGGCGUCAGUGGUUGGCUUCUACAGCUCUCCUCUCUUCACCGGCCUGCUGCCUCGUGCUCAGGACACCAACCUCACACAGAUAAUUGGGAACUGUGUUUCACUGCUAGUUUUGAGCUCGGCACUGCCAGUCUUUUCACGCACACUUGGUAUCACCCGGUUUGACCUUUUGGGAGACUUUGGACGGUACAACUGGCUGGGGAACUUCUACAUUGUCUUCUUAUACAACAUGCUGUUUGCUGGGCUCACCUCGGCUUCCCUCAUCAAGACAGUCACCUGGGCAGUGCAGAGAGAGCUCAUCCGUGCCUUUGGUCUCCACAGACUGCCCCUAACUGUGUCACGCUCCGCAAUCCCCUUAAGACUCCUCCUGGCCAGUGGACUGUCCAAGAUCCAGUGACUUUCCCUUCCCCACCAGUUGGCUGCCUAUCUUACCUUUGGAACUUACACCUACUGGAUCAAAGACGAUUAGAGUUUGAUUCUCUAGCCAAUCAGUAUGUGGCUCACGCAAGUGAGAAGGUUGGAGUGAAGGAAUCUGUGUAGUGUGUCCACCAGGAGUUCUCCUCAGAGCUCUAUUUCAUGACCAAUGCAAGUUGAUGUGGGAAACGAACUAUAUCAGGUUAUUUGAUUUACAAGGUCAGAAACUGCAGGGGCAGCUCCUUUAGCCAUGGUGAUGACUGGAACAGAUACACAUAAGGGAUCAAGGCCAUAUUUGGAGUCUUGCCAUAGUAUGAUGAGCCCCACAAAACCUGAUGCCUCAUGAAAAACCUCAUGUUGGAUCCAUGGGAUGGCCUUUGCACCAUGAGCAUAUGUCAAAAGUCAGCAAGGUUAUUUUGGAACUUUACGUUGUAGCCGUGACAACGUUUCCUCUUCCUGCUGUAGGUUGAGUGCACACUCUUUUCACUACAGCUCCCCCACGCUUUCCCCCCUCUUAGGUUGCACUACUAUUUUAGGAUUGUGAAUCUCAUUUCCGUGUGUUUGUCAGUCUAGUCUGCACUGGUGUUAUGUUAGUUAAUGAGAGGAAGUUUCUAAUGGGAGCAAGCGGUGCAUGGAGUAUAUUGUCUACCCAUUGAUUAUAGCCAUCGGUUAUAAGUCUCACAUUGGUGCCCUUUCAAAUUGAGCAUUCUUGUAGACGAAAGAAAUUUUUCUGUGGUGAUUUCAUUUGAACAAGCAUUUAUUUUU